CCCUCUCUUACCCCCCAGCCCAGAAGUAAUCGAACCUCUGUCCUGCCUUUCUGGAGUGGGCUCUGUAGAGAAGGAUGAGGAGAGGGAAGGAAUGAGGGGGGAGCAGGAAGAGAGGGAAGAUCCAGAGUACACCCCUCCCUCCCCAAGCCCCCCAACAUCCCCCCGGAGAGGAGCCAGGAAGAGGAAGGGAAGAAAGCCCAAGGCCACACCUAGAAACCAGACCUCACCUGAAAACCAAAACUUUCCAAGUAACCAAACAUCAGCUAGCCAUGACGACAUCCCAGAUGACGCAAAAGUCACCCAGCCCCAGAGGGGGAGAGGCAGGGGGAGAGGCAGGGGGAGAGGAAGGGGAAGGGAUCUGUCGUUAGAAGCAUCAGACCCUCAGAUCGUCGAGGAGAACCAGACAGACCUCAGCUCAUCGUCACUGAAACUUGUCAAGAGGAUGAGUAGUGGAGAGAGGAGAGGAGGAAAGAGAGGGAGGGGCAGAGGAAGAGGGAAACUGAAGGAGAACAGAUCGAGCGAUGGAGAGGUGAAUGAGCAAAAUGAUGAUACGGGGAAGGCUGGGUUGAAGAACCAACAGGUGAAAGUGAAAGAGAAGCCGGUGUGUGCGGAGUGUAACAAUGAGUUCUCUGAGAUCAGUAGUCUGAGGAGACACAUGAGGAUCCAUAAAGGAGUGAAACCUUUCCAGUGUCUCUUCUGUUCCCGAGCCUUCACACAGGGAAACCAGCUCAAGAUUCACCUCCGCAUACACACAGGAGAGAAGCCUUUUGCAUGUUCUCAGUGUGACAAGGGUUUUACCCAGAAGUGUCAGUUGGUGGCUCACUGUAGAAUGUACCAUGGAGAAGAGAAGCCAUACACCUGUGAACAAUGUGGGCUGCAGUUCACUACCUCAUCUAACUACAAGAUCCACAGCAGGAAGCACAGUGGAGAGAAGCCGUAUGUGUGUGAACGGUGUGGGAAGGGUUUUGCCCAGGCCAGCACUCUGACCUAUCACAUUAGGGUCCACACAGGAGAGAAACCUUACCAAUGUGACACCUGUGGGGUGGCCUUCUCCGUCUCUUCUUCUCUCAUCACACACAAACGCAAACACACAGGUGAAGCGCCACACGAAUGUCUGGUGUGUCAGAGAGCCUUCAUUACCAAACGAGAACUCAACAAACACUCUCGCAUCCACACCGGUGGAGAUCCAGCUGUUAAGCAGCGUGUGACAUGUGAGCUGUGUGGAAACACCUACGCUGGCAUGAGCAGCCUGAAGAAACACCAAGAGAGACAACACUUAGUGGAUGUUCCAGAAGGUGCUCUCCACAACAACAUUCCUAUUGAUCACCAGGGAAUGAUCUCCCGCGAUGCGCCCAGCCCUGUGCCUGAGGAACCAGACAACUCAGACCCCGAGGAACCAAACAACCUUGAGCCCGCGACACCUAACUUGAGCUCUAACCCUCUCUGUGUUCUAGUGGAGCAGCUGCAUACAUCUUCCCUCUCCUUCUCUUCCCCAGUCUCCCCCGCCGAAAAUAUAGAGCAGAUCAUCAUCAUUAGAACAUUGGACAACGACCUCUGCCCUGACCCCUAACCCAGACCCUAACGUUACUCUUUCAGGCCUGGAGUGAGCCUGCCGAUUCGACUGGAUCACAUACGAUUCAGCUGUAGUCAGAUAUAGAACUGUGUGGAUAGUGGCGAUGUUGACAAACGUUGAUAUGUCAUGUAAUUCUCUCCAUCUCCGAUCUAAAAGUAUUUUAUUUUUCUGGUAUGUUUUUAAUUGCUGUAUAUAGUUAAGUGAGAUAGUCACUGAGGACCUACCCCACAGAAGAGCCAGGCUCACCGUAUGCUGGCUUGCAUUUCUCUGAUGGUUCUCUGUUCAUUGUUCUAGUUUUAAACCCACGUCUCAGUAACAUGGGCCUUGUGUAUAAGCUAGAGGUUAUGUUGAGAUAGGAUUGAUAUUUAUGAAAAGUCUACAUUUUUUUCUUCUUCAAAUAAACAGCUUUAUUCUUUAUUCUGAGGAAUAAAUAUCUGAAAUCUC